UGGAAAAAUGAGCAAAAAGCGAGAAUAAAUGAGGAAAAAAGAACCAGAUGAGGUGAGUUGUUUUAGGGUUAGGGUUUGACCGAAGCUGGCACGUAAUCGAGACUUUUUUUUUCGUUUUUAAAAUUCUGAGAUCAAUCGCCGGCGCUCCGGCGGGAUCGCAGUGUUCCGAGGCGAGUUUGAUGGUUCACCUGCCAUCUGGCGUCUUCAAAGCAGCUAUUAUUUUGGGUAGGUGGCCGGCAAACUGACUGGCGUGAGCGGUAUACUUCAGUCCACUCGGUUGCGUCGCGAUCGGAAGUGUUGGCGGUCGGCUUUGACGCGGCUGCAGUUUUGGAGGGUUUCAAAUCCGUAAAGAUCGAUCUUUGAAGGUGGUGGCGGAUUGGGCAUGCAAUCUGGCAGCGGCCCCAGCCCGGCGCCGGCUCAUCAGCCGCCGCCGGGGCGGUCGUCACCGUCUUCCGCCGCGUCUCCGUCCUCCUCGUCCUCCGCCGUCUCCGCUCCCAACCACCUUGGUCUCGAGUCGAUGCAGCAGCGGCAACAGCAGCAGCGGCAGCUGCAGCUGGCUCAUAGGAAGGCAUUACUAGCACAACAACAAAAUCAUCAUCAGCAGCAGCAGCUAAGUAAAGCUGAAACCGAUCAAUCUCAUCUUCCCUAUCAAGCUGGUGGUACAUUUGGAGUCUCUGGAGCUGGAUUUCUGGCAAACUCUGCCCCAAAUUUGUCUCAAUCAUCCAAAAAAUAUGGCAAUAUUCCUUAUCAACCAAGUGUGUUGCAGCUUCGCGAAGAAAAUCAAAGUAAAGGGCUUGGCACUGGACAACAACUGCAGAAUCCAAUUCAUCAAGCUUACCUCCAAUUUGCUUUGCAGUCUGCUCAGCAGAAAUCUGAUGGUAAUUUCGCUAUGCAGCAGCAAGUUAAAACCAGUAUGGUUAGUCAAUCUGGAAGAGAUCAAGACAUGAUCAUGAACAAAUUAAAGAUGCAGGAACUUAUGUCACAGACUGCUAAUAAGUCACAGAUGCCCAUGUUUAAGAGAACAGUUGAACAAUUCACAAAUGCUGAGAAGCAGAUGGAGCAAGGUCGGACAAAUCAUGAUCAAAGAAAUGAUCUGAAGCCUUUCCCAACAGAUGCUCAUUUGGCUUCUGUUAACAUGAUAAGACCAGUGCAAUCACUGCUGCCACCAUCUAAUGUGCAAAAUUUUGCAAACAACCAAUUAGAGAUGGUACAGAUGCAAGCAAUUCAGGCAUGGGCUAAGGAACAUAACAUUGAUCUGUCUGUUCCUGCAAAUUUAAAUUUGAUUGCCCAAAUUCUGCCACUUAUGCAGUCGAAUGGAGUUCCUGCUGGGCAAAAGCCAACUGAAACUAGUACGAUGAUACAUCAAUCUUUACCGACUUCUAAACAGCAGGCAAUGCAGUCACCAGCUGGUAGUGAAAGUUCAGCUCAUGGAAAUUCAACAAGUGACUUGUCCGUUGGGCAGCAUAUGAAGCGUCGCCAAAUGCUUCCACUGUGUUCUAAUAGUGCUGGAGAUACCCCUAGCAUCAAUAAUAGUAUUUUGCAUAUGAAACAGCAGCAGUUUGCUGAGAAUAGCCAGGUCGGUCAGAAUGAAACGGUUAUUCGACUUCCAACAGUGCGCUGCAGUGGUGCACAAGAUACACAUUUGGCAAAUUCAUCUGGUUCCAUGAAUCAUACCCUAGAAAAAUCUAAUUAUAAUAGUACUUCAAUGGUGAAUAAAAUGCAAACGCAAAGUUUUAGGCCCUUGCAGCAAGCGAAUCAGCCCAUCCCAUUACUUGCAACUCCAUCCAAUAAUAUUACAGGUGCUCAUAAUCCAACUGAUACUGGAUCUUCUCAGACACCAAAACAACAUUUUGGGUUCACCAAGAAACAACUUCAUGUUCUCAAGGCUCAAAUCCUAGCUUUCAGGCGUUUGAAGCGUGGUGAACGAAGUCUACCACCUGAAGUUCUUCAAGCAAUCUCAGAUUCUGCUUCAGAUUAUCAACCAUCUCAUGGCCCCAGUCAACCUGAAAACGUAAACCAUGAUUCGGCAAAGACUGCUAUCACCAGCAACAACGAGCAUAGGAGAAUCAUAGAAUCUAAUAGCCAGACUGAACAAUCUACCUUUGCGACCAAAAGGCAUACUCAGAUGAAGGAGGAGCCUUUUUAUGGAGAGGAGAAAAUUGCAUUUGCCAGUCAAAUGCAAGUUUCUGUUGAUUUAGAAAAGGAGCCUGCGCACAUGGGUUCUAUUGGUAAGUUGGAAGAAAGUAGCUCCAAUGUCAAAUCCGAGCAAGAGAGUGAAAAGGGAAGUCAAAACUCAUCCUCCAAAGGCGAUUGUCAUGUUGUCAAGGAAAAAGUUAGUCCUGCAGAUGGUGGCAGUAUGGUUCCUGGAUGUGUGAAAAUGCCUGCACCAACAAAUACCACAGAAUCUUCAAGAGAUGGUGUUUUGAAAAAGUACCAUGGCCCAAUUUUUGAUUUCUCAUCAUUUACUAGGAGACCUGACACCUUGGCAUCAACGGCUACCAAUUACUCCAGUAAUCUAACUUUGGCUUAUGAUGUCAAAGAUUUGCUGUAUGAGGAAGCUAAAUCUGUGCUUACCAAGAAUAGAACAGAGAACUUAAAGAAGAUUAGUUGGUUACUUGCAUUUAACCUCGAACGGAAAAUAAUUAAGCCAGAUCUUGUGGUACAGUUGCAAAUUGAAGAGAAAAAACUCAAACUAUUCAAUCUUCAGGCACGUUUAAGGGAUGAAAUUGAACAUCAACAAGAGGAGAUAAUGGCAAUGUCUGACAGGCAAUACCGCAAAUUUGUUAGACAAUGUGAACAGCAACGCGUUGAGCUAGCAAGGCAAGUUCAACAGCUGCAAAGGGCAUCGAGAGAGAAGUUACUGAAAUCCGUAUUUCAGUGGCGUAAGAAACUCUUAGAGUCACAUUGGGCCAUUCGCGAUGCUCGGACUACACGAAAUAGAGGAAUUGCUAAAUAUCAUGAGAGGAUGUUGAGAGAGUUUUCUAAGAGGGAGGAUGAAGACAGAAAUAAAAGAAUGGAGGCAUUGAAGAAUAAUGAUGUAGAUAGGUACCGUGAAAUGUUACUGGAGCAGCAGACAAGCAUCCAAGGAGAUGCUGCUCAGCGUUAUGCUGUUCUUUCUUCCUUUUUAACCCAGACAGAGGAGUAUCUUCUCAGGCUUGGGGGGAAAAUCACAGAUGCAAAGGGUAAUCAAGAGGUUGAAGAAGCAGCAAAUGCUGCAGCUUCUGCUGCACGUGCACAGGGUCUUUCAUCAGAAGAAAUCAGAGCUGCAGCAGCAUGCGCAGGGGAGGAAGUAAUGAUACGAAACCGGUUCUCUGAAAUGAAUGCCCCAAAGGACAGUUCUGUUAACAAGUAUUAUAAUUUGGCUCAUGCUGUGACAGAAAGAGUCACGAGGCAACCUUCGAUGUUGCGGGCUGGAACCUUGAGAGACUAUCAACUUGUUGGAUUGCAGUGGAUGCUUUCCUUGUACAAUAACAAGUUGAAUGGUAUUUUGGCAGAUGAGAUGGGUCUCGGCAAGACUGUGCAGGUAAUGGCACUGAUUGCUUACCUGAUGGAGUUCAAAGGAAAUUAUGGCCCACAUUUGAUCAUCGUCCCUAAUGCUGUUUUAGUAAAUUGGAAGAGUGAGCUGCUAAAUUGGCUGCCAUCUAUAUCAUGCAUUUUUUAUGUUGGUAGCAAGGAAGAAAGGUCAAAGCUUUUCUCUCAGGAAGUAUGUGCUGUUAAAUUUAAUGUGCUGGUAACAACUUAUGAAUUCAUUAUGUACGAUCGCUCUAAGCUAUCAAAAAUUGAUUGGAAGUACAUCGUCAUUGAUGAAGCUCAAAGAAUGAAAGAUAGAGAAUCUGUUUUGGCACGUGACCUUGAUAGAUACCGUUGCCAAAGGCGAUUGCUACUCACUGGAACCCCUUUGCAGAAUGACCUCAAGGAGCUGUGGUCCCUCUUAAAUCUACUUCUUCCAGAAGUUUUCGAUAAUUGCAAGGCAUUUCAUGAUUGGUUUUCGAAGCCCUUUCAGAAAGAUGGUCCUCAUAAUGAAGAGGAUGAGUGGCUUGAGACUGAAAAAAAGGUGAUCAUAAUCCACAGACUGCACCAGAUUCUGGAGCCUUUCAUGCUGCGAAGACGUCUUGAGGAUGUUGAAGGUUCACUUCCUCGGAAGAUUCCAAUUGUGGUUAGGUGUAGAAUGUCAGCUAUCCAAGGUGCCAUUUAUGACUGGAUUAAACCUACUGGUACUAUUAGGGUUGAUCCUGAAGAUGAGAUCCGCCGUGUGCAAAAGAAUCCACUGUACCAGGUUAAAACAUAUAAGAAUCUUAACAAUAAAUGUAUGGAGUUGAGGAAAGUUUGUAAUCAUCCUUUGCUUAACUAUCCUUACUUGAGUAACUAUUCGAAGGAUUUCAUUGUUAGAUCGUGUGGGAAGCUUUGGGUUCUUGACAGAAUUCUCAUAAAACUUCACAGAGCUGGUCAUCGAGUUCUCCUCUUUAGUACAAUGACUAAACUUCUUGAUAUUUUAGAGGAGUACUUGCAGUGGCGAAGACUUGUCUAUAGACGUAUAGAUGGUUCAACGUGCUUGGAGGAUCGGGAAUUGGCAAUUGUAGAUUUCAACAGCCCUGAUUCUGAGUGUUUUAUCUUUUUGCUUAGCAUUCGUGCUGCUGGAAGAGGUUUAAAUCUCCAGACAGCAGAUACAGUUGUCAUAUAUGAUCCUGAUCCAAAUCCCCAAAAUGAAGAGCAAGCAGUUGCAAGGGCUCAUCGGAUUGGACAGAAACGAGAGGUGAAAGUCAUAUACAUGGAAGCUGUUGUUGACAAAAUCUCAAGCUAUCUGAAAGAAGAUGAGUUAAGGAGUGGAAUAGCUGGGGAUUCAGAUGAUGAUCUUGCUGGCAGAGAUAGGUACAUGGGGUCAAUUGAGAGCCUUAUUAGAAGCAACAUACAACAAUAUAAGCUAGAUAUGGCUGAUGAAGUAAUUAAUGCUGGUCGUUUUGAUCAAAGAACAACUCAUGAGGAAAGACGAAUGACACUGGAGAUGCUGCUGCAUGAUGAAGAGAGAUAUCAGGAAAAUGUACAUGACGUUCCUUCUAUGCAAGAAGUAAAUCGCAUGAUUGCUCGUAGUGAGGAGGAGGUUGUACUAUUUGAUCAAAUGGAUGAGGAUCUAGAUUGGACUGCUGACAUGAUUAAACACAGUGAAGUCCCUAAGUGGCUUCGAGUUAGUUCUAGUGAGCUUGAUGCCGUUACUGCUAGUUUAUCCAAGAAACCUUUAAAAAACAUAUUGUCUGGCAAUGUUGUAACUGAACCCAAUGCACUUAUGUGUGAUCCUUCCUCUAGUAAAAUGGAAAGGAGACGGGGCCGCCCUAGAAAAAAUUAUCAAGUUUAUCUGGAAUUGGAUGAUGAAUAUGGUGAAGAUUCAGAUAUUGAUUCAGAGGAGAGGAAUGCUUCUGAAGAAGAGGUGGAAGUUGGGGGUUUCAAUGAUGAAGGGUUCAAUGAUGAAGAAUUCAUUGAUGAUGAUGUUUUACGCAGCCAUAAGAUUCAAGUAACUCAGGGGAUGGGUCAUGAUAAAAGGGGCCAUGUGUCCUCUCAAACAAUGGUUCGACGUUCUACAAACACAUCUUCUGGAAGUGGUAGACUGUCACAACCUCAAACUCCUGUGUUGUCCUCACAAAAGUUUGGAUCUCUUUCUUUAUUAGAAGCCAGGCCUGGUCUUCCUUUGAAAAAGAUGUCUGAGGAACUAGAGGAAGGUGAAAUUGCAGUCUCUGGUGAUUCUCACUUGGAUCUGCAACAAUCAGGUAGCCAGCUUCAUGACCAUGAGGAUGGAGAGGAAGAUCAACAGGUUUUGCAACCAAAAAUAAAGAGAAAGAGGAGUAUAAGGAUUCACCCAAGAUAUAAUGUAGAAAAAGAUGAUAAACAAUCAGAUAUUGCAAAAAUUGCUGCACGUAGUUCAAAACUGCUAAAGGUUGGUAACGAAUAUGAUAGUCCGUCAAGGACUGGAAAACUUGAGUCAUUUUCUGAUGCUGGUUUAGGGAAGCAUGGCACAACUAAUUCGUUGUUGAAGCACAAGCAUAACACACCAGCAAAAAAGAUUUCACCUAUGCCAAUCUCUGACAGAAUAAGUUACUUUUCUGGUACAACCGAAGAUGGUAAUGGACAUUCUAGAGAAAGUUGGAAUAACAAGGCCAACAAUUCUGGUGGGUCUACGCACAUGGGUGAAAAAAUGUCUGACAUUACACAAAGAAAGUGCAAGAAUGUCAUUAGCAAGCUGCAGAUGAGAAUACAUAAAGAUGGUAAUCAAAUUGUGCCAAUUUUUUAUGAUUGGUGGAGGAGAAAAGAGAAACCAACAUUUGCUAUUAGUGCUGCAAGUGGCAAUGUCCUGGAUCUUCAGAGAAUCGAACAGCGCGUGGACAAUUUGGAGUACAGUGGUGUAACAGACUUCAUAGCAGAUGUGCAGACGAUGCUAAAAAGUAUAGUUCAGCAUUGCAACUAUACAUACGAGGUGAAGUGUGAAGCCGACAAGCUCCAAGCUUUGUUCUUUAAUAUAAUGAAGAUUGCAUUUCCAGAUUCAGAUUUCCGGCAAGCUAGGAAUGCAGUUACAUUUUCUAACCCUAGGAAGCCUGCGACAAUGCCAGCUGGUUCAUCGCAUAAACUAAUCACCAACAAAAUCAAGCGGCACACACUCAUUAACAAGUUGGAGAAAUCCUCGCCUCCACCAAGAACCUCACCUCAUAUGGCCACUCCUAUGGACGAUGAAUCCAGGACCAAGUUGACAUCUUCCAAGCAGCCAAAAGAUUCGAGGCCGGUUUCCGGGAGCUGGACAGAGAAGGCACUUGAACCUUCACAAUACCCGCCGCACCCGGGUGAUCUUGUCAUCUGCAAGAAGAAGAGGAAAGAAAGGGACAAAUCCUCUGUCAAGCAAAGAAUUGGUCCUGCAUCACCAUUGAACCCCAGUCGCUUCGGACCCCUCUCCCCAACCAGUUCAGGAGGCAUGAGCUCCGGGCCAUCUUCCUCGAUCAACCGAAACUCCACCCUUUCAAUUCCAAGAAAUUCCAAUUCAUCUCUCCAGGCAAAGCACACAUCCAGCUUGCCACAUCGCGAGAUGCAACGGCCCAAUGAUCGCAACAGGGUUUCGUGCAGUAUAGCAGAUAUACAAUGGGCCAAACCUGUAAAAAGGAUGAGAACAGAUAGCGGUAAAAGGAGGCCGAGCCAGAUGUGAGUCGAAAUUCGAUGUAUAUAUAUUCCUGUAUUAUUGUAUCCUUUCGAUUUGGUAGUAGCCAUUCUACAAGAGAAAGUCGCUUUUGUUCCUUUUUGAUUCCCCAUCUCUCCUUUGAACACUCAUAGGCAAGGUAGUGGUGGUGGUAAUGGUUGUAAGAUCUCAAGACCACAUUGAUGAAUGAGAAUUAACCUCCGCAAAAUUUAUUCGUA